CUUAAAUAAACAAAAACCUACCAACAUAAAUCCUUGAAAUUCCCACGCUGCAGUGCUUGUCUGCCGUCCGCAAAUCAACCCCAACAACAACAACAAAAACGCCCAAUCCCGUGGAACUUCUCGAAACUUCCGCUUCAGUAGUAGUGUCUUUACGAUCCACUCUGCUCUCAACUUUGGGAGUUGGAGAUUCCCAUCUGAGAGAGCGAUCGUCGUCACCGCCGAGGUAAUUGUCUUGUGUCUGUUUCCGACGGUUAUUUCUGUUAUUCCCGGUAUGUGCUUUCCUUUUUGUGUUGGAUUCGAUUGGCGGCUGUUUCUCGAUUCUGGGUUUCGCUGUUUCGUUGGCGGGGAAGGGUAAACGGGGAAGUGUGGCUGUUGUAUUAGCUGAGGGGAAAUGAAGGAAGGAAAGGAUCUUUUCUAGUUGUGAUUGAAUUGUCUUUCUGGGUCUGGUUUUAAGGUCCAGCUGAACACUUUGAGCUAUUUUCAUUGCAUAAUUCAUUAAUUCGUGCUAUUUUUGGUAUGGAUAUAAUCGGCUUGAUUCCUCCAAUCUGCCGUGAAGUUAAUCCAUAUGGAAAGCUUUGUUGGGUUGAGGUUUCUUUGUAGAAGAUUUGCCUCUGAAUUAUACUCAACAUUUACUAAAAGCUGUGAUUUUGGUAUGGUCUAGGGUGGAAUUUAGUCUGCGGCGGUGGGAAAAUGUGGGACUGUUGUUGAAUAAGUAACUUUUGAACUUUUACCGAAACCUUGUUGUGUUGAACAAAUGGAAUCUUCAGUUUCUUGUGCUUGCUUGAAUCAUUUCCCUGUAUCACUUGGUGCAGAUUGUGUUGUUGCUCUACUAGGACGACAGUGGAUUCUGCUCUCUCCUACCACGAUGAGCUCCUGACUUUUAGUGUUUCUCUUUCUCCUUUGUUGAGUUCGAUAGCAUGUGAGUCAAACUCAUGAAGUCUAGCUAUGAUGGAAUGGUGAGACUGCUUCACUAUGACACGAAGGUCUCUGGACUGGAGCAAUUUUGUGCUCCAUAAUGGGUGAGCAAUUCUUUUCCAGCUCCUUCUGUGUUUGUUCAUCAUUGUUCGUAGAAUGACAAACCUUUAGGAUGUCUUGAUGGGUCAGAAUCGUGUGCGACAGAUAAUUCCAACUAUCAUUUUUGUUGAAACAUUUGCACAGAUAUCAACCACUGAAAUACAAUUAGCAUCUCGAUUAGAUCUCCUUCUGUGUCUAGCAAUCGCCCUCAGUUUGUCAUGGCUUCUUCAGUGGAAGGUCCAGAGGAAGUUCCCGUGAUUGAGAAGGAGCAACAAAAGAGCGCUGAUGAUGUCAGAUCUGAAAAGGGUGAAGAGAUCAAUGACACUGCGACUCAUACAUCACAGAGUCAAGAAAAAACAAUGUCUAUUGUUGUCUAUGAGCAAACUCCGAGGGAACCAGACGAUGGAGCAAGUGUGUCUUCCAUGGAGCAUGAGAAAGUCUCGCAUGCCAACCCACUUCCUUUACAAUCCAUUAAGGAUGGAAGAAAUCCUGCCAUACGUGAAAAAGUGUUAGAGGAUGGAUACAACUGGAGAAAGUACGGGCAGAAACUUGUUAAAGGCAAUGAAUUCAUUCGAAGCUACUACAAAUGUACUUAUCCCAGCUGUCAAGUUAAGAAGCAGUUGGAACGCUCACAUGAGGGCAAGCUCGCGGAUAUCGUUUACUUUGGCCAGCAUGAUCAUCCUAAGCCUCAAGCCAAUCUCCCACUUGCUGUAGGUGUUGUUUCACCGAUCGAAGAAAGAUCUGAUGGCCCUUGGUCACCUUCUGUGAAAGGGAAAGGACGCCCUCCAAUCGAUUCUACAAAUGCCUGUCCGAUGUCCACGCUGACAUCUAGCGAGGAUGUGAGAGCUGUGCCAUCAGAAUCGAUGAGGAAAAGAGAUGAAAGUGAUCACAAUGAUGAUCCCCAGUCUAAACGGAAGAAGAAAGGGAACCGCGGGAUUGUUGAUCCUCCUGCUGUAGAGAAGCUCGCUGGUGAACCACGCAUGGUUGUCCAGACUCUUAGCGAGGAGGACAUCAUCGUUAAUGAUGGAUAUCGUUGGCGCAAAUAUGGCCAAAAGAUGGUCAAAGGAAAUCAUAACCCGAGGAGCUACUAUAGGUGCUCAAGUCCCGGCUGUCCAGUCAAGAAACAUGUCGAGAAGGCAUCCCAUGAUCCCAAGGUGGUUAUCACCAGUUACGAAGGAGAACAUGAUCAUGACAUCCCACCUUCUAGGACAAUUACUCACAACAUACCUGGUCUCGACGUUUCUACCUCGAACAUUCCUAUCAGACAACUCGAGUACAGUAAACCAGCUUGUAACACUCCUGAUGUCAAUGCUAAACCCAAGGAAGAACUUAAUGGCGAGUCGAGAAGUGAAGCAAAAUGGGACAAGAGUAAAGAAAGUGUUGUCGAUAAGGGAAAUGACGAGAUUUCUCCAAGUCCCAUCCCUAGGGAUGUAUUGAAAUCAAAACAACAGCAGAAUGAGAAGUCACGUGCCUUGGAGGAAAGUGAUGCCGCUGACCAUGAUUCCGAUGCCACUACAAGUUCUAUUCUCGAGGGCAGAACAAAUGACCAACACACGGGUGAGUCAAAAGAUACAUUAGAAGAGAAUGGUUGUGGUUCCAAAGUUCAUUCUGAUGCCACUAAUCCAGACAGCAAACCAACUCAGCAACACAUCAUGGACUCGGAACCUGUUCAAGCUUAAGGGAAAGUAGAUUCUUUUCUUGACCUUGGGGUGCACAAUGAGUUGUUUGCAGACACUACUUUUCAGCUGUGUAAAUUAGAUGGCACAAUAAUUGCAGGAUGUAGAGAGAUAUAUUAUUGGGUUGGUCGUCUAAUACAUAUGGGAAGAAGAGAAAGCUACAGUGGUUAUUUAACACUUCCCUUUCCUCCACUUACCAUUCCAGCUUUUCCUUUCAACUCUUUGCUUCAGUCGUACAAGGCUAACAAUGCCAACAGGAACUCAACUUGCAACUUAUAAAGCUUGUAGAGCCGA